CCAUGGUGCAGAGAGCGCAAACAGGAAGCUUGGGCACAGAAGGAGAAACAGGAUCCUGUUGGAGGAGUAAAAAAAAAAGAGAAGAAUAAAAAAAGAAUAAGAGCUGAAACAAACGGGUGGGGGUGACUGUGUCGGAGUUAUCGUUCCUCACAUCACCUGCAUCAUGGCUCAGAAGAACACGACAGGAGUCAACACAAAACCAAGGCUUGUUGUCAAGAUUGUCGGCAGCAAACACAUCAAGCAGUUCAUCGAGGAACAGCAAGGUGAUUUACAUCAGAAAAAAGAGGAAACUACAGCAGCAGCAGAAACAGUUGUAAAACCUCCAGAUGAAACAGAAGUGACAGAAUCAGCGUCUCAGAAACGUCUCCAGUCCAGAGUGGACUCAGCUGUGUGGACGGGCAUUAACCAGGUUCCAGACAGGUUCUGUGUGUCAGCUCCCUCUAGUGACCGCUCCAGGUCCUACAUCCACCCGAAAACUUCACACGUCAUUGACCGCAGAUCAGCUUCAGGACUGGAGACAAGAAGCUCUCCCUCAGAGGACACAGGCAGCUCGGAGCUCUCCUCUGUCCUCAGACAGGAGCUCUGUGAUUGGCAGCUCUCCUCUCUGAGGGCAGCGGAGGGAGCAGUGUCAGGCUUGGACCCUUCCUCCAGUGGGACAGUCAGUCGGCCGCAGAUCACACAACUGUUUCUAAAACAGAAAGUUCCACUGAAGCUACCUACGUUCUCUCUCCUCCUCAACAUGUUUUCUGAUGAGGAGGACGCCGCCCUGAUUUAUUACAGAAAACUGCUGGAGUUCAUUGAAGCCUCUACAUUUCCUGGGGAACGCCACAGCGACAGGAAGACAAACUUACAGUCUGCAGGUGCAACAUGAAGAAAUUAGAGCCUGAGACCUCAACUUAGGCUCCUGCAACCAGGCCCCCAGUAACUGUCACAACGCUGUGCUUUUUUUUUUUUUUGUCUUUUUCCCUCUAAACAGGACUGCUAAUCCACAGAACAGAUGCCUCUCAACCUGUGUAGUUUUAAAUAGUCCAUCCUGUAAAAUAAGUGCGGCUACAGCAUCAAGGGUUAGUCCAAGUGUAGAGAUAAGACAAAACACUAUGUAAUUUAAAAGUUUUUACAAAAAAGUUUAAACUACAGAUAUUGGAUUUAAAAAACCUCAAAUAAAUGUGUCAAAAAA